AGCUUCAACAUGUAGUUUUAAACCAUAUAAAUAAAUAGCAUUAUAUAUAAAUAAUAAUUUGUUGCCAAUAACAGAUUUGUAAGGUAGGACUAUCGCUGCUCCUUCGGUCAAUCGGGAUGGUAGAGUCUAAAAAAAUGGCCGCUGUUGUCCAUGUGUUUCGAGCUGACAGAAGGAUUUCUAUGAUUUAAUUCCUCAUUGUUUACUUUUCAUAACGUUGAUAUUAUUAAAGUCGCUUCAUACUUAAACCACAAACGCGCGGAUAAUACAGUAGCGUAAGAAUGCCUCACAGAAAGAAGAAAGCCUUCAUCAAUAAGAAGAACGCUGUGUCCUUCCACCUGGUGCACAGAAGUCAGAAAGAUCCGCUCGCAGCGGAUGAGACGGCACCUCAACAUGUCCUUCUGCCCACUGGCAAGGUGGAGGUGGAGAAGAGGAAGGAGGAACAGCGCAAGUUCGGAGUGUUUUUUGAUGAUGACUAUAAUUACCUGCAGCACCUGAGAGAGGCGUCCCAGCCCGCAGAGCUGGUCUCUGCUCCCCGCUCCCGCAGAGAUUCACAAACAAAACCUGCAGAGGAUGAAGAGGACAUGGAGGAAGAGGACGUCAGCGUCCCUAUCCAGACAGCCUCCAUCAAACUGCCCUCAUCUGUGUUUGCGUCUGAGUUCGAAGAGGAAGUGGGUUUAUUAAACAAAGCAGCUCCUGUUUCAGGGCCCCGUCUGGACAUGGAUCCUGACAUUGUCGCUGCACUGGAUGAGGACUUUGAUUUUGAAGACCCAGAGAACAUCCUCGAGGAUGACUUUGUCAUCAAAGCCAAUGACAUCAUGGGCGACGGCAUGGGUGGUGAUGAUGAUGAUGAAUGGGAGGACACUGAUGAGGAAGAAGAUGAAGAUGAGGAGCAAGAUUACGAUUCAGAAGGUGGUCUGUCGGAGGAUGAGGAAGGCGGCCGGAGAGAGUUCAUGUUUGCAGACUGCGAGACGAAAAGUCGUUUCACAGAGUAUUCACUCACGUCCUCCAUCAUGAGGAGGAAUGAGCAGCUCACACUCCUGGACGACCACUUCGAAAAGUUUUACGAGCAGUUUGACGAUGACGAGAUCGGCGCGCUGGAUAACGCGGAGCUGGAGGGCUACAUCGAACCGGACAGCAAGCGACUGGAGGAGGUCAUCAAAGACUACUUCAUACAGAAAGAGAAAGAAUGUCAGAAACUAGAUAAGCUGGGUCAUGCAGAGCUGCCCUCUGUGAGAGAGGAAGAGGAGGAAGAGGAGGAUGAAGACGACAAAGAGGUGGAAAUGGUCGUUGAGCCGCCUACAGAGCGCUGGGACUGUGAGACCAUCAUCAGCACAUACUCCAACCUCUACAACCGGCCCAAACUCAUCCAGGACCCUCCAAAGCCCAAGCAGAUCAGAGUGUCCAGUAAAACAGGGAUUCCUCUGGACGUCCUGCCGAAACGAGGCCUGACGGCCAAACAGGUGGAGAGGAUGGAGAGGAUCAACGACUCGGACCUGCCCCGAGUCUCCACACAGCCCCGCUCACGGGAAGAAAGCGCAGAGGAGAGGAAAGCCAGGAAACAGGCCAUCAAGAUGGAGAGAAAGGAGAGGAGGUCGGAGAAGAAAGCAAACAAACUGGCAUUCAAACAGGAGAAACAGAUGCAGGAGAAGCAGAUGGUUAAUUUAAGAGCCAACGUUCAGGGCCUCAAGCUCUCAUAGGACGGCAGAGACAGUGACAUCUACAGGGGCUUACUAAAGAUCAAAGGUUAUACUGUUGCAGUACAUGAUGACAUCAUUAUCCUUAUUAGAACUGCCAGAUUGACUCAUACAGUGAAUAUGCAGUUCUGAAUGAUGUUUUUGAAUAGUGUUGCCAUGGAGACAUCAUAACAAACGGAAUUGUUAGAAACUGUUCUAUUUAUGUUUGAUUGUUUGAAGGUAUACAAUCAAAAGGAGUUCAUUUCUUAAUGACUCGGGAGCUUUUCUUUUGUACAAAAAAUGUAAUUAAACAUAUUCAUCAUAUUCAAAGCAGCUUUAUAAAAAAACACAAGUACAGUUUUUCCAUAAUAUCCCAAUGUGGUUU